UUAGAAGUAAUAUUGUUCAGCUGAUAUGGAGCUGGAUUUAAAAACAGCCAUGAAGGAAUUGCCACUUUUCUUUUUUCUUCUGAUGGCAACUUGUUUAGGCAAAGAACUACCAUCUUUUCUUCAUGUCUGCUCUGAUAACGAUCCAAAUGUUAAUGAUUGCAUGAUAUCCGCUAUUGAAGAUUUACGUCCAUAUUUGAAAAAAGGGGUUCCUGAAUACAAUAUACCAUGUUUGGAGCCCUUAAUUCUAGAGGAUCUCAUCACAGAAGAUAUUUCUGGAUUGAAGGUGAAAGUAGCAAAUGUUAGUGCUUAUGGAUGUAGUGACUUCAUCGUCCAAUAUGUGAAUGUAAAUUGGGAAAAUAGGUCCAUGGAAAUGGAUUUAGAUAUCCCUGAAUUGAAAAUCAAUGCUCAUUAUUUAGUUAAUGGUAAAGUAUUGAUGGUACCAAUAAAGGGAAAAGGUGACAUAGAGGCUAAUAUAACUGAUUGUUCAUCGCAAACUCUUCUUCAGAUGGAAAAAUAUGAAGUUGAUGGUGAACGCCAUGUGAAAUUCAGCAAUGUCAAUAUCAAAGUCAAAGUUGGUGGAGGUCGUAUACGUUUAGAAAAUCUAUUCAAUGGUGACGACAAACUACUUUCCUUCAUCAGUGAGGUGGUCAACAGAAAUUUGCAGAUGUUUCUGAAAGAACUUAUGCCUAUCCUGGAAAAAGGCUUAGCUAGGAAAUUCAUGGAAGUAGGGAACAAUGUAGUCGAACAAUUCACUUGCAGACAGCUUGUCCCAACUCCAAACCAAAAGAUAACUCUGGUGGUUGUUGAGGCCGGUAAAAUGUUCCUGAGGAGUCUCUUGUUUGUUUGUGGUGCGGUUCUGGUUACAGCCAAAAUACCUGACUACAUCAAAAUAUGUAAAUCAACGGAACCGAAUAUGGCACAAUGCAUCACAGACUCCGUAAAUGCGUUAAGACCGUAUCUGAAGGCCGGUAUCCCAGAACUAGACGUACCUCCUCUGGAACCCCUAUUCCUGGAUGAAAUCAAACUGAGAAGUGGACCAAAUGCAGCCAAACUGGAUGCUAAUUUCACGAACGUGAAGGUUUGGGGCCCAUCCGACUUCAAGAUCCUGGAAAUGAAACCGAAUGUGGCCAAGAAGAGGUUUGCUUUCAAAGUCACCGUACCCCAAGUCUACUUCGAAGGGGAUUACGACAUCGAUAUGCAUAUUCUCCUGCUCAAAUAUAAGGGGAAAGGACCAGUUAGCGGGAAUUUUACCGACUACUUCUUCGAUUGCAUAAUGAAGGGUCGCACCAUGAUGAUAGAGGGAAAGGACUACCUGAAAUUCGACAAGAUGCGUUGUAAAUUGCAGUUUGGAAAAUCCUCAAUCAAGUUGGCAAACCUGUUCAAGGAGGAUCCGGUGUUGGCCAGAGCAACUGACGAUGUUAUCGAGGAAAACACCGAACUAUUCCUUGCCGAAAUCAAGCCCAUAUUGGAGGAUGCUCUAGCUGAGAAAUUCACCGACAUAGCGAAUAAACUGACGCUGAAGUUCACAUACCAAGAACUGUUUCCUUAGGUUCUCGAUUAUCAGUAUUGCAAAUAUUUUGUUAAUUUCGCCAAUAAAUGUUAAGUUACUAUA